AUGGUCUCCACACGUCGUUCUCGUACCAAAUCCCCGGAGGAAUUCCCGCAGUUGGCCGACAAUGGCCUGUAUGCAAGCGACAUUCGCGGAGACGGAAAUUGCCUAUUCAAUGCCCUCUCUGACCAGAUGUACGGUCACCAGGAUGCCCACCGGGCUCUCCGCAACGCGACGAUCGAGCACAUGCGUCUCAAUUCGGACGUCUACAGCCAAUACCUCUCGGUGAACCCUGUUCGACGCAACCCAAAGCGCAAGAACACACCUGUUCCGACCGUCAACAACAGCAUUCCGUCCGAUGAUGAGAUCAGGAAGCGGUUUGAGGUUCACCUCCUGAAGAUGGGACAGCCUGGCGAAUGGGCCGAUAACAUGGAAGUAGUUGCCUUCGCGUCAGCCUUCAAUGUUCAUGUCCGUGUCUGGCAAUCGAGCUUCAACUACACCUUCUCACCCCGCAUGGAUGUCGUACGCCUCAAUGACGGCAGUCUCAGCAGUUUCAGUAGCGAUGACUCUGGCGUCGACUCCGCUAGCGAGGCUACUGACCAUGACUCUCUCUCUUCCACCACGGAUACCUCCACCAAUUCUGACAGCAUAUCUCCCAAGGCUGCCACCGCUGGCCCAACCAGCAAGGCUGAUGUGCGUCCAGUCCUCAACAUCGCCUACCACAGCUGGGAGCACUACUCUUCCGUCCGUAAGAUCAAUGGCCCACGCACCGGCCCGCCUCAUAUCCACGUCACGGUUCCGACUACGCAGAAUCGUGCCCGCCCACAAUCCGAGCCGGUCACUCGCAUUACAAUGUCGUCUCAGAGCUCUGAGCGCGACGACGAUGAUGACAUUGCCGACCGCCUCCCGACUAAGCGUCGCUAUCACCGCCUCAGCCACAAGCGUCCUGAGCCUCAGCCCGAGCAAAAGUCAGACUUCAACAACGUCCUCAAGGCAUACAAAGAGAAGCGUGAGCAGACCCUGAAGCUUCGUGUCUCCCGUGCGGAGACUCCUGCAUCAUCGCCAGAGCCCAUUCCCUCAAUUGAGGUACCUGAGCGAAAGGUCCUUAAGCUGCGUCUCAUUCUGAAGAACCCGCAGCGCCCCAUUUCCCCCAUUACGAUGUAA